AUGGCCGUCACUCAAGUCAAAUCUGCUUCCGAGUUCCAGGAGGCCAUCAACUACGAGGGUCUUACCGUCGUUGACUUUUUCGCCACAUGGUGUGGCCCAUGCAAGGCCAUUGCUCCUGUCAUUGAGAAGCUUUCUAACGCCAACCCCACUGUCAAGUUUAUCAAGGUCGAUGUUGACGAGCUGUCCAGCGUUUCUGCUGAAGUCGGUGUCCGUGCCAUGCCCACCUUUAUCUUUUACAAGAAUGGCCAGAAGGUUGAUGAGGUUGUUGGUGCCGCUCCUGGCAAGGUCGAGGCUGCUCUUAACAAGCACAAAUAA